UUGUCGGAUUCUAGCGGAAGUGGCUCCAUUGCCUUGGAGAGCUGGAGUGGUCUGGAGUUCCACGGCAUGGUGAGCCAGAGGCCACCUCUCCGGCUGCCUCUCAGUGUCUCGCCGGCGGGGUUCGUCCCGAACUGGAUAGGCACAGCCCUUGGGAGAUUUAAGCAACCUAAACAUUAAGCAAUACAGCUGCCUCAAAUCUCUGGGAAUUUCAGAAUGACUGACACUGCCCAAGCGGUUCCAAACUUUAAAGAGAUGCUUGCUAGUAGAUUCACAAAAGUUGACAAGGAGUAUCAGGAAUACCUGGAACACCGUCCUGAGUCCCCUCCAAUUGUUGAGGAAUGGAAUAGCAGAGCUGGUGGGAACCAAAGAAACAGAGGCAACUGGUUGCAAGAUAACAGGCAGUUCAGAGGCAGGGACAGCAGAUGUGGGUGCCCAAGUGACAAUCGAUCCAAUCGGUGGCAUGGACGAUCCUGGGGUAACAAUUACCCGCAACACAGACAAGAACCUUACUAUCCCCACCAAUAUGGACAUUAUGGUUACAACCAGCGGCCUCCUUACGGUUACUACUGAUAGAAAUGUCGGCAGCUUUUAGUAAAAGCAUUUACUCUGUUACCGUGACAAAAGUUUGGGUGUCUUCUGUUGGUCAUAUUUUUACAUAUGAUUUUAGAGUAUGGAUUAUUGAUUUUUUUGGAAGCUGAGACUUAAAAAAAAAAUAGAUCUUACUUGCGACACGCGAUGGUUGCUGAGAAUACCUGAAAUUGUGGAUUAUGUUGCUUGACUUCUACCUCAGUCUUCUUUGUUUGAUGAUGCAAUAGUGCUUAGAGUUUGGUAUAUUUUUCUUAUUUGACCUCUAGGAGUUCUUCGUUUUACACAGAAAUAAAAGUCUUAAAAUAGAAAAUGCCUGCUUUUACUUUGUAAGGUAAGAGAGUCUCCAUACGCUUAGAUGUGCUCCUCCUGUCUGAAAUUCUAGAGGUUAAUAUAAUCAGCUCAUGAAUGCACAGAUAUGCUUCUUGUGAUAGAUUGUACGUAACAUCAGCUGUUGAAAGGUAAAACAAUUGCUUUUGUUAUGUGACUAUGGUAUUUUGUGAUUCCUCACUCUGUAGAUAAUGAGCGAGCUCCACAUUUAUUUGGGUCUCUUUUUAGAGAGAAAUCACUAAUAAAACUGUAAAAUAAGGAGGGAA